AUUUUGAUUCCCCUCAAUCAUUCUUUCUGAUUCUGUCUGAUAUCAAUUCGUUACAUCAUCGCCUCUUUCCUCCUUCCAAUCGUCGAGCUUAUAAAGGCCUAAAAUAUUAAUUAAUUACUAACCCGUUGAAACAAAAGGCAAUUUUCUCAAUCGGUGUUCUCCUGAUCCAUUGUUUAGAAAAAAUGGGAGCAUGUGCAAGCAAGCCUAAGGUCUUGGAAGGUACCGCUCCGGCGCCGGAAGUGGCCUCCAACGGUAAUGUAGCAAAUGUGGCGGCGGAAGAAGGAAUUGUGGGUGAUGAUAAACGCCAGUCUCUCGGUAAUUUGUUCAAGGAGAGUGAAGAAGGGAAAGACUCAGAACAAGUGAAAGAGGAGACAUGUACCACAGAAACUUCUGAACCAUCGGAACCCCAAACAGAAGAAGUUGUGACGGUACUUGAUGCCCAUAUAACGACUGACACAAGAAAAGCACCAGAAGUAGAGACCCCAGAUGCCAAAACAUCCGUUGAAAAAGCAACAGAAGAAGUAAAAUCAGAAAUCGAGACUCCUACAGAGGAGAAAGUAAAAUCAGAAGCAGAGACGAAAACUGAGCAAGUAAAAUCAGAAACAGAGACGAAAAUUGAGCAAGUAAAAUCAGAAACAGAGGGCACAGGCUUUUGCAGAGAAGAAAGAAGAGGAAGUAAAAGAAGCAGUGGAGACUCAAGCAGAGAAGAAAAUCCCGUAACAGAGGCAACAAAAUCUGAAGCUCUAGUAGAGAACAAAACUGAAGAGAAGCCAGCUACGGAGGCAAAGAAACCUGUCAUUGAAGAAAAGAAGUCAGGCAAAUUUUGGUGGGACAAGUAAAUCAUAACGACGCAAAUGGUUCCUUAAUUACUUGAAGGGUUGCAUGUGUGAUUAAUUCAAGAUGGUAUGUCACUGAUUUCAUGUUGAACAAAAUUUCAUGUUUAAUACUAUUAUUCUCAUUACCAUACUACGUUUUCAUCUCCUUCAUUAGCACAUUUGACAUUA